UCGCUACAAUGCUAGUGCCUGUAUUUUUAACUGAUUAAAAAAAACCGUAGUCAAUUGGCUGUUAACCUUUUAACUAAAAGCGGGAGACGCGUAAUUCGACGCUAUGCCGUGUAUAAUUUUAUUACUAUUCGCUCGACGGCGCAUACAUUAGCGGGAGGACGGUCGCCCACAUUCAUUUUCGUGUAUAGUAUUAAACGCCUAACUGUACUGUAAUCGUUACUUAUCAAACGUAAUUGUUUCUUUAUCUAUAUUAGUACAAAUUUCAUAUUUAAACCCUUGAUUGGGUGUAAACUGCUUGAUAAUACAUAUUAACUGUAUGCAAAGUUUUAUUAUCAUUCAAAUAGUAAUCAGUGAUUGUGGCUUCGGAUUUAUUUGUGAAUAAAAUAUUUGGCUGAACGCGAAAUUCCUUUGCACAUCUAUGGUGCAAGAAAUAUUAUGCAGGGCUCUUUAUCAGAGUGAUAUGUCAACACGUAAUACGGCCACAUCGUUCCGCGCUCGCCGCGGCCACAAGGAGCGGUCAAAGAACUUCACGGAACUGGAGAAGCGAACAGUCCUCGAGCUGAUCGCCCACCACAGGGACGUGCUGCGACAAGGCCGCUCCAACAACGCUACAAAUAGGAGCAAACAGUUGGUGUGGUCGACAAUAUGCGAGGAGGUGAACAAACGGUGCGGAGGCGACCGUCCCCGCACUCCCGCGCAGGUCAAGAUGUGGUACGAGAACUAUAAGAAAAAAUGCAAAAUGCGCGCACAUGACACACAGCAAUCGCAGUCGGAACCGCCAGGCCUGCUGGACGGCAUGCUCUGGCAGAAUAUACACCCUCUAGACGUAAAAGACGAGGACGGCGAGCCGACUACGAGCGCGGACGGUGGCCACAGCGUGAAGGAUGACGACUGCGUGCCGGUCAACGUGAGUCCCGCACACUAUAUGUCAAACGGUCGACUAUCAAGUACGAACGAAAGCGAAGAUACGAUGCCGAACGUCCUCGAGCCCCAAGUACAAAUAAUCCCCCAGUCUUCCCCCACCCCACCCCCUCACAAACCGCUGCCCCUCACACCGCUCCCCAUCCCCCCAAUCCCCAUCCUAACCAACCCCCUCCAAGCCAUAGAACAAGCGAGAAUACAACAAAACUUCUUACAGAAAUUAAACGAACUAUCAAAUACGCCACUAAAUUUGAGUAAUUUAGAUGAAAUGAAAAGAAAAAAUGGUCAUGAACGACAGGAUAAAUCGGAGGAUCAGAUCAAACAUGAUUGCGGUACGGCGACCGAGGAGGAGAGGUUAUAUUUCACUGCGAAAAGACAACAUGCUAUAUGGGAGCAUGAAGCUAAAAUGAAAAUCUUAAAUAUGGAGCUAAGACAAAAAGAAGAAAUAUUCUCGUUGCAAAAACAACUGUUUUUAAUCGAGUUACGGUUGAAAAUGGAUUUCCUUGAGAAGGCCAGCGCUAAAUGAUGGGAAAGCGCCGCCCAAGGAAACGUCAUCGAACCGUUUGUUUUUUUUUU